UGUCUUGUCUGGCAUCUCUUAAUGCCAUAUAAUUGUGGUAUAUUUGUAAAAAUUUGCUAAAGACUAAUUUUUGAUAUUGCACAGUGAAUUGUAGUGGUAAAAGUGUAUUUUGUGACAUUCGUAAGAAUUGAGUUCCAUCGAAAAUGGCUAAUAUUGGCCCUAAGAAAGACGGCGGGCCAAAUGUAGAAUUUUUUCAGUCACCGGAAUCGCUAGCACAAUUCGAUCAAAUUCGUGUUUGGUUGCAGAAAAAUUGCAAAAAGCAUGUCCAAACAGACCCACCAACAAAGGAGGGCUUGGCCCAACUGGUCAUCCAACUCAUCCAGUACCAGGAGAACAAGCUGGGGAAGAAUGCAGCUGAUCCACCGUUUUUGAGGCUUCCAAUGAAAGUGUUCAUGGACAUGAAGCCAGGCGGGUCGCUCUGCACGGUGCUCGCCACCAUGUUCCGUUUCAAGUCGGAGCAGCGGUGGCGCAAGUUCGACUUCCAGGUCGGUAAGAACCCGUCGCGCAAGGACCUGAACGUGCAGAUGAUGAUGGAGAUCGAGUCCUCGCUGCUGGGGGCGGAGGUGGUGCGCUCGCCCUGCGUCUUCAUUCGGCCCGAUGUCGACAAGGCCACCUCCAACAAGAUCAAGGACAUCGUCGUUAAUCGACAGGGAGAGAUUUGCGAAGACGAAGAGGAUGCAACGCACAUCAUCUACCCGAACGUGGACCCGGUGGAGGAGGAGUACGCGCGGCCGGUGUUCCGGCGCGGUCCCAGCGUGCUCGUGCACUGGUACUACCUGCCCGACAGCCACGACACCUGGGCGCAGGCCGACCUGCCAGUUGACGUGCCGGAGUCGGCCAACUGGGAGUGCACGCGCAGCGAGCCGUGGCGCGUGACCGCGGCGUGGGUGCUGGACCUGCCGCAGUACAACGAGUGGAUGAACGAGGAGGACUACGAGGUGGACGCCGCGGGCAAGAAGAAGGUUCACAAGCUCCGUCUGUCCGUGGAGGAGCUGAUGCCGGGCGGCGAGACGUCCAGCAAGGGCAAGAAAGGCAAGCGCAAGCGCUCGCCCUCGCCGCCGCCGCAGAAACACGCCAAGAGAAAGAGCCGCAUGACGAAGAAGCGCGACAUCGACGGCGACGAGGAGGAGGACGCCGCGUCGCGCGACAACACCGACGUCGCGCCCCAGCCCGAGCCCGAGCGCGAGCGAGAGCGCGAGCGCGAGCGCCCGCCCGACAGAGAAACUCCUGCCGCGGAGCCCCCGGCGCCGGCGGCGACUGCGGCGGCGGCGGAGGCGGCGCCCGCCGACACGGCGCCGGCCACGCCCGCGCCCGUCAUGGACACCCACGACGACUCGCAGGGCAAGCACAGCGACUCCAACACACAGGAAACGACGGUGAAGGAGGAACCGGAAGACAACGUGACCGACCAGACGCACCACAUCGUGGUUCCGUCGUACUCGGCCUGGUUCGACUACAACUCCAUACACACCAUCGAGAAGCGCGCCCUGCCGGAGUUCUUCAACGGGAAGAACAAGUCCAAGACGCCUGAGAUCUACCUUGCUUACAGGAACUUCAUGAUCGACACAUACCGGCUGAACCCCACGGAGUACUUGACCAGCACGGCGUCGCGACGCAACCUCGCCGGUGACGUGUGCGCCAUCAUGCGCGUGCACGGCUUCCUGGAGCAGUGGGGGCUCGUCAACUACCAGCUGGACGGGGAGUCGCGGCCGACGGCGAUGGGCCCGCCGCCCACGUCGCACUUCCACGUGCUGUCCGACACGCCGUCCGGCCUGCAGCCGCUCAACCGCGCCGCCUUGCCGAGACCAGUGGAGACCGCGGCGGUGCCGAAGACGGAGGCGGGUCUGCCGAACGGCGUGGACACGACGGCGCCGGCGGCCGCCGUCAAGGCCGAGAACCUGCUCGAGAUGGGCGGCGCGCCGGGACUCAAGCUCGACCAGUACCGCGGCGGAGCACGUGGACGCGAGUGGACGGAGCAGGAGACGCUGCUGCUGCUGGAGGGGCUGGAGCUGCACCGCGACGACUGGAACCGCGUGGCCGCGCACGUGGGCACGCGCACGCACGACGAGUGCAUCCUACACUUCCUGCGCCUGCCCAUCGAGGAGCCCUACCUGCAGGACGGCGCCUCCGGUGGCGUGCUAGGUCCGCUGGCGUACCAGCCGAUUCCGUUCAGCAAGCAGGGCAACCCCGUGAUGAGCACCGUGGCCUUCCUCGCGUCCGUCGUGGACCCGCGCAUCGCUUCCAAGGCCACAGGCGCCGCCAUGGCCGAAUUCGCCGCCAUCAAGGACGAGGUGCCGGCGGCCAUGAUGGAGGCGCACGUGAAGGCGGCGGAGGCGCACGGGCCGGCCGCCGCGCUGCAAGCCACCGGCAUCGCCGGCACCGCGCCCGACCUGCCCGCCCCGCCCUCGCAAGGUAAACCCCCGCAGGACGAGGUGCCGGCGGCCAUGAUGGAGGCGCACGUGAAGGCGGCGGAGGCGCACGGGCCGGCCGCCGCGCUGCAAGCCACCGGCAUCGCCGGCACCGCGCCCGACCUGCCCGCCCCGCCCUCGCAAGGUAAACCCCCGCAGGACGAGGUGCCGGCGGCCAUGAUGGAGGCGCACGUGAAGGCGGCGGAGGCGCACGGGCCGGCCGCCGCGCUGCAAGCCACCGGCAUCGCCGGCACCGCGCCCGACCUGCCCGCCCCGCCCUCGCAAGGUAAACCCCCGCAGGACGAGGUGCCGGCGGCCAUGAUGGAGGCGCACGUGAAGGCGGCGGAGGCGCACGGGCCGGCCGCCGCGCUGCAAGCCACCGGCAUCGCCGGCACCGCGCCCGACCUGCCCGCCCCGCCCUCGCAAGGUAAACCCCCGCAGGACGAGGUGCCGGCGGCCAUGAUGGAGGCGCACGUGAAGGCGGCGGAGGCGCACGGGCCGGCCGCCGCGCUGCAAGCCACCGGCAUCGCCGGCACCGCGCCCGACCUGCCCGCCCCGCCCUCGCAAGGUAAACCCCCGCAGGACGAGGUGCCGGCGGCCAUGAUGGAGGCGCACGGGCCGGCCGCCGCGCUGCAAGCCACCGGCAUCGCCGGCACCGCGCCCGACCUGCCCGCCCCGCCCUCGCAAGGUAAACCCCCGCAGGACGAGGUGCCGGCGGCCAUGAUGGAGGCGCACGUGAAGGCGGCGGAGGCGCACGGGCCGGCCGCCGCGCUGCAAGCCACCGGCAUCGCCGGCACCGCGCCCGACCUGCCCGCCCCGCCCUCGCAAGGUAAACCCCCGCAGGACGAGGUGCCGGCGGCCAUGAUGGAGGCGCACGUGAAGGCGGCGGAGGCGCACGGGCCGGCCGCCGCGCUGCAAGCCACCGGCAUCGCCGGCACCGCGCCCGACCUGCCCGCCCCGCCCUCGCAAGGUAAACCCCCGCAGGACGAGGUGCCGGCGGCCAUGAUGGAGGCGCACGUGAAGGCGGCGGAGGCGCACGGGCCGGCCGCCGCGCUGCAAGCCACCGGCAUCGCCGGCACCGCGCCCGACCUGCCCGCCCCGCCCUCGCAAGGUAAACCCCCGCAGGACGAGGUGCCGGCGGCCAUGAUGGAGGCGCACGUGAAGGCGGCGGAGGCGCACGGGCCGGCCGCCGCGCUGCAAGCCACCGGCAUCGCCGGCACCGCGCCCGACCUGCCCGCCCCGCCCUCGCAAGGUAAACCCCCGCAGGACGAGGUGCCGGCGGCCAUGAUGGAGGCGCACGUGAAGGCGGCGGAGGCGCACGGGCCGGCCGCCGCGCUGCAAGCCACCGGCAUCGCCGGCACCGCGCCCGACCUGCCCGCCCCGCCCUCGCAAGGUAAACCCCCGCAGGACGAGGUGCCGGCGGCCAUGAUGGAGGCGCACGUGAAGGCGGCGGAGGCGCACGGGCCGGCCGCCGCGCUGCAAGCCACCGGCAUCGCCGGCACCGCGCCCGACCUGCCCGCCCCGCCCUCGCAAGGUAAACCCCCGCAGGACGAGGUGCCGGCGGCCAUGAUGGAGGCGCACGUGAAGGCGGCGGAGGCGCACGGGCCGGCCGCCGCGCUGCAAGCCACCGGCAUCGCCGGCACCGCGCCCGACCUGCCCGCCCCGCCCUCGCAAGAAAAGAAAGAAGGCGUCAGCGAAAUAAAGACGGAGGCGAUGGAUGUGGAGGAGGGCGAAGUGAAGCCCAAGGAGGAGCCCGCCGAGCCCGCGCCCGAGGAGCCCAAGGAGACUAAACACGCGCCGUCUCCCACCUCAGAAGGCUCGACACCGUCGACGGUGGACGCGAAGCUGCAGUCCGCGGCGGCGGCGGCGCUGGCAGCCGCCGCCGUCAAGGCUAAGCAUCUGGCCGGCGUCGAGGAGAGGAAAAUCAAGUCGCUGGUAGCACUGCUGGUUGAAACGCAGAUGAAGAAGCUCGAAAUCAAGCUGCGACACUUCGAGGAACUCGAGGCCACCAUGGAGCGCGAGCGGGAGGGGUUAGAAUACCAGAGACAACAGCUGAUCCAGGAGCGGCAACAGUUCCAUCUGGAGCAGCUGAAGGCUGCAGAGUUCCGCGCACGCCACCAGGCGCACCAAAGGAUGCAGCAGGAGGGAGGCGCGGUGCCGGCCGGUGCGACGGGUGCGACGAGUGCGACGAGUGCGACGAGUGCGACGGCGGCGACGGGUCCUGCGGCCGAGGCGGCGCCGGGCGACGCGGCGCCGCACCACGCAUAGAACCCGCCCCCCGCGGCUAUGUCCAUAGCCGCCGUGCUCUAGCCACCGAGCCGAGCCGCCGUGUCCGGCUAGCUCCAUGCUUAACUUAGCCGCCUAAAAGAUAAACUAGAGCAUAACGCCCGACGUGCUACCCAUUCGAUAUUAGAAAAACUACGCGUUCGGGCAAAUUCCUACGAUCUUCUUUUUAGUACUGAUAACCGCUGAAGUUUUUGUAAUACCCGAUGGAUAUUUGAAAAUCUCACGUGCUGUCUUGCUUCAUUUCUCUCGUCGGUGACUAAUUUCAAGAAUGUGUGAUAGGUGUAACAAUGUGCUGCGAGCGUUUUACUACAUUAUUGGGAGCGUGAAGCUACCUUAAAACUUUAAAUAACAUUUCAGACGAUCUUGGGUUUAUGUUAUACACGUAAAAAAAUUUACCCAAUUUUUACUAGUAUUAUGUAUAUGAUCAGUUGAUUACAUCUAUUUAUACGGAAAUCUCAUUUUGUAUUGUGGACAACUACACUUUUAUAAGCGAUCCGAAAUAAACCGUAAGUUUACUGGUGUUGUAAAUUUUUUGUUGUGUAUAUAGGAUGACUUAAAUUGGUAAUAUAAUACAAAACACUUGAUUGUGGCACAGUUAAUGCCAAAUAGCAUACUACAUUAACGCCGUUGUUAAAAUUAGCUGUAUUUAAUUAUCGCAAAUUUUCUAAUAAAACAAACAAUUAAAGUCCGGAAGUGUGGUUACCCCACAUUAAAUACCUAACCACACCUGUCACUCUUAUUUUCUUUGACAAGAGACAAUUACUAAUCAAAACACGUUUACUUCAUAAAUACAUUCAUUCAUUUCAUUUAAAAUUAUUUAAACUUCAUUGUUAAUCAUUAUGUCAGGAUAACCAUGUAAAGCCUAGAAAAAUGGGAUAAAUUAAAACUUAAAAAAAAAACUUGAUUAUUUUAAAAGCAUGACACUUAAUUGAGGGGCUUAGUUUAGGGAAGAUGUAUGUAAACAUUGAUUUUGUAUUACCAAUUUGAAGUCAACCUGUAUAGAGCCACUAUUGCAUCCGAGGCCGCUAUCAUCAAACGCGAACCUCGCCGCAACUCUGUUAUAGAACAAUGUGACUGCUUAGUUAGUUAGCUACGUCAAUGACCACGUAGUUCACACAGUGGAAAUGGGUAAUGUUUAUAGAAUAACACAAUCAAGGAUAAUAGACAGACAGAUGGACACAUAUAAUAUGGACAUGUUUAUUAUACAACUAUUCAAUCAAACAAAAAUACAUCAACUCUUACCCUAUAUUAGAAACGUCCAUACAAUCGUAGGGCAGUAAUUUUGAAAUUGUGCUCAAUAUCUUGUUUUUUUUUAUACUGAUAAGUAUUUAAAUCUCUUUCUUAGUAUUGUACAGUACACGGCCUGUUGUCAACCCAUCUUACGUAACAUGUAAUUAAUCAUUGUGGUAAACGAAGACCUAGUGCAUUUCUACACAAAUAGGUAUCAAUCAAUGUACGGUAGACAUAGUUGUGCCGUUCUCGAGAACGUUCUCAGUUUACUAAGGGGUAUACUCUCGCACGAGGACCCCAAUCCCACACAAAACGGAGAAUGUUCUCGAGAACGACACAACUAUAACGUUAGAUGUUGCAGUGAAUAAUCUGGUAAUUAUUGAUGUGAACCGAAUAUCUAGUUUUAAUUCAUUUAAAUGUAAUUAAUUGGCGAUGUAUGGUUGAUGUGUGAGUUAGUAUGACUCGAUGAAAAUAAAAUCAUUAAAUUAUAAGUUAUUAUUUUAAGAAAUAGACGUAACAAAAGUUAUGGAAUAAAAACUAUCAAAUA